GGAGGCAAUAAGCGACAAAGAAAGUUUUCGCAAAACAAAACCUUGGUUAAACCCUCAACUCAAAGAGAUUAGAGUGUGCAGCAAACUCGCGACGCCGCCUCUCCGCUCCCUCUGGCACGCGCCGCCGCCACUGUUGAGCUUGAGAUCCUCUUCGUUCUUUUCUUGAAAGACAUUUGUGGUAGAGAGAGAUGUUUGGGAGAGCAAUUUUAAAACGCAGCAAAGAAAUAUGUUUGAUUCAUAAGCUCACAGGGAGGAAGACUACGACGACAACGAUUCCUUUCUCUCAUCCUUCUUCCAUACAACAACAAUCAUUCAAGUUUUUUAAUCCUUCCAUUUCCACCCAUUUCUUUCGUACUUUCCGAUCCCAUAAUACUCCUAAGGGUCAUCGUGUUUCUAAGACAGUGUCUGCUGGGGCCAUACAUAACGAGGGGUUGAAACUGCUCGUGACAGGAGGUUCUCAUGCACAGAAGGUGGUUGGAAUAUGGCUCUUUGGCUCUGCUGCAUGGGUGUUUACUAUGGUCAUACUUGGGGGUUUAACCAGACUCACUAGAUCUGGUCUUUCAAUGACUGAUUGGAAAUUCACGGGUGAGUUCCCUCCUUUGUCUGAUGAGGCGUGGUUGCAAGAGUUUGAGAAAUAUCAGCAGUCGCCUGAAUACAAGCGUGUAAACAAAGGAAUGAAGAUUGAAGAAUUCAAGUUCAUAUAUUGGAUGGAGUAUGGACAUCGUAUGUGGGGGAGGGCACUUGGACUUAUGUUUGUUUUACCGUAUUCAUAUUUUCUUCAUAAAGGGUAUAUUACAUUGAGAUUAGCACUAAGAGUUUCUGCUUUGUUUGGCCUGGGUGCCGGGCAGGGUCUCAUUGGCUGGUGGAUGGUUAAAAGUGGUUUAGAGGAACCACCAACUGAAUAUUCUCAGCCAAGAGUAAGCCCUUAUCGUCUCGCAGCUCACCUCACAUCAGCAUUUGCUAUUUACUGCGGUCUCUUUUGGACUGCACUUUCUGUUGUUAUGCCUGAGCCACCGGCUGAAUCACUGACAUGGGUCCGUGGGGCUGCUAAAGUAAAGAGACUUGCGUUGCCUGUCAGCUUACUUGUUGGUCUUACUGCUGUCUCUGGUGCAUUUGUUGCAGGAAAUGAUGCUGGGCAUGCAUUUAAUACUUUUCCGAAGAUGGGUGAUACAUGGAUCCCUGAAAACAUUCUUGAAAUGAAACCUCUGAUUCGAAAUUUCUUUGAGAAUACAUCGACUGUACAGCUCAAUCACCGGAUUCUUGCAACUGCAACCCUAAUUUCAGUGAGUGCCUUAUGGUUGUCAACAAGAAAACUGGACAUACAUCCUGCAGUCCGGUCUGUGAUCGGAGGCAUCUUUGGCAUGGCAUCUGUUCAGGUCACCUUGGGAAUUACGACCCUUCUUUCAUAUGUACCUGUUUCAUUGGGUACUGCACAUCAAGCUGGAGCCUUAACACUUCUGACUUUUAUGUUACUGCUUAAUCACACGGUUCGAAGGCCAUCCUCGGCACUUCUCAAAUCACUGCCUCAGGUUGUCAAGGCAAACUAAUUUGCAAUAGUUGAGACUAUUAUUAUUCAGGCUAAGCUUGAAAUUGAGCUCAUUGUCCAAUUGUCCAACGACCAAAUUUUUUAUUUCGUUUGUACAUUUGAAGCGUGAAAUUCCAUGAUGAUGCAAUCAAUAUGAUAAUAAUGUCAUCUAUCAUUUAUGUAAUUGAUGCAGAAAAUCAGUGUAGUAAAUCAUUAUGUACUGUAAAAUUAUACAUUUUCAAGGAAGAGGAGUCUAGAAUGGCUGGUUGUUUUAAGGCACAUGGUAAAAUUUUCAGUCGAAUAUUAUUGAUGAUGGUUAGCAUGAUAAUAUAUCAUCUGAGUCAGCAACAAGAUUAAUUCA